AUGGCGUUCCUCGCGAAGAUCCCCGAAACCUCCCUCUGGGCUAAUCGGAAAUGUCUGCUCAUAUGUGCCAUUGUUGCCAUAGCCAAUAUGCAGUACGGGCUAGACUCAGCAGCAAUCGGCUCUCUACAAGCGAUGCCAGGCUUCCUCAUGGUGUUCGGCUACAAGGACCCUAGCCAAGCAGGAGGGUAUGCCAUUGAAGGUACAUUCCAAAGACUAAUCGGCUCCCUCCUUACGCUGGGCGCCUUCAUAUCGUCACUCGUCGCUGGCGCCUUUGCCCACUUCUUCGGGCGAAAGGUUGCUCUGUGGCUGGCUUGCGUCUUGAACGCCAUCGCCUGCAUCAUCCAGAUCGCCACCACCGAUAAGAUUGCGCUUUAUAUGGGACGACUGAUCCUUGGUUUGGCCAAUGGCUUCUUGGUUACUUUCUCUAACAUUUAUGCAGCUAACGUAUUGGCAACCGCCGAAGCCGCCCCCGCCCACCUCCGCGCCGUCAUGGUGGCGCUCUUCUCCGAAUGGGUCAACAUCGGGAGCAUCGUCGGGUCCGCCGUCACCAACGUGACCAAGGACCGGCUCGACAAGGCCUCCUACCAGAUCCCCCUCGGCACCUUGUUCAUCGUGCCCACGUUCUUGGCCGUCGGCCUGCUCUUCGUGCCCGAGUCCCCCCGGUACCUGCUGUACAAGGGGAAGACCGAGCCGGCGAGGAAGGCGCUGCAGCAGCUGAGGGGAGACUCGCUGUCCGCGGAGGAAUUCGAGCUCGAGUGGGUCGAGAUGGUCAAGGGCAUCGAGGAGGAGAAGCAGACGACGAAGACGAUUGGGCCGCUGGAUAUGUUUAGAGGCACCGAGCUGCGCCGAACCCUCCUCUGCUACGGGGUGAUCGCCACGCAAACCGGCGCGGGCUCCUGGUUCAUCAUCAGCUACUCGACCUACUUCAUGAUCGUCGCCGGCCUCUCCGUCGACGACGCCUUCAAGUUCUCCGUCAUGAACACCUGCCUCGGCUUCGUCGGCGUCAACGUCGGCAUGUACCUGAUGCGGCACGUCAUGGGCCGGCGCACCGUGCUCAUGACCGGCGCCGUCGCCCAGGGCCUGUGCAUGCUCGGGAUGGCGGUGUCCGCGACCGUCGCGUCGGGCACGGUCUCCGCCCGGAACUGCCUCAUCGCGUUCACGGCGCUGUACCAGUUCGCGUACAACGCGUUUGUCGGCGACGCGACGUACCCGACCGCGACGGAGAUGGUGAGCACGAGGCUGAGGUCCUGGUCCGUGGGGUCGGCGAUCAGUCUGGGGUAUUUCCUCGCCUGGCUCGUGGGAUUCUGCUCGCCGUAUUUCAUUAACCCCGGGGAUCUGAACUGGGGAGCAAAAUACGCCUACAUCUGGGCCGCCUCCAACUUGUGCUGCCUGGUAUUCUUCUUCUUCUGCGUGCCGGAGACCAAGGGGCGGACCCUGGAAGAGAUCGACGAACUAUUUGCCAACCGCGUGUCGGUGCGCAAAUUCAAGAGCUACCAAACGACCAUUGCUGUAGAGGCUAUGAAGGAUAUUGAGGGUCGUGGGGCGGGAGGACUGGAGAGGAAGCCAACUCAUACCGAGCAUGUGGAAGAAGCUUGAAGAGUGCCUAGGUUAGGUAGUUUCUUGCAGUAGGUAUUCCUCGUUUAUAUACCGAGCGCGUAUGUCUUAAAGAAGCUCUUGGAAAGUUCGUGGGUGGGUAGGUUGUCAUGCAUUCAUGCCCGUUCUAGGGUCAAUAGUCCUGUUAUAUUUACCUAAGUACAUAUACGCACCUUAGGAAUUAUUCGAAGA